AUGGUGGCCUUGAGAAAUUUUCGGGUUCUAUGCUUAAUCCUUGUGGUGACAAUUGUUGAGCUUAGAGGUGAAGAGCUGAAAAAUGUCACAGAUCGUAGUCAAGGCAAUGACACUUUAGCAAGUCUCUCACAUCAAGGUGAAAGGAAUGGAUUAAAAGGAAAACAUAAUCUUUCCUUGAAUGAAGUUUUGUUCAACACAAGCAAAGAUAGUUGGUAUUAUAGAGGAGGUGGUGGUGGUGGAGGAGGAGGAGGAGGGUUUAGAUGGGGAUGGGGCGGUGGGGGAGGGGGUGGCGGUGGCGGUGGUGGAGGAGGGAGUGGAUGGGGAUGGGGUGGUGGAGGUGGUGGAUGGUGGAAAUGGGGGUGUAGAAGGGAAGCAAGACAUGGCAAAGGGAAACAAAGAGUGAGGCAUUAUCACACAUCAAAUAAUGAAGACUAUAGGAUGGGGGAGUAUGCACAAUGCAUGGCAAGAACAAGGUGCCGAGGCUUGAGGCUGGAUUGUCCUCUUCACUGUGGUGGACCUUGUUUCUAUGAUUGCCACCAUAUGUGCAAGGCUCAUUGUCGUUGA